CAAUCUGGGCGAUCGCAAUCGUAGUACUGGGCCAGUUCCUAUAAUAUUCCUUUCUCGGUACCAUUCGUUCGUUCUUUUCACAUUGAAUUUUGUGUUGAUAGGUCGUGCGUACCCGCCCCUCUACUCAAUUCGCUUAUUUAAUUUUUAACUACAUAAUUAACAAAAAUGGGUGACGUAGAAAAAGGAGCCAAAGUAUUCCAAACUAAAUGCUCUCAAUGCCACACGGUUGAAGCGGGCGGCAAACACAAAGUUGGACCCAACUUGCACGGUUUAUUCGGACGCAAAACCGGUCAAGCUGCUGGUUAUUCAUAUACCGAUGCCAAUAAACAAAAGGGUAUCACAUGGAACGAAACAACAUUAUUUGAAUAUUUAGAAAACCCCAAGAAAUAUAUACCUGGAACAAAAAUGGUGUUUGCUGGCAUUAAAAAAGUAGAUGAAAGAAACAACGUAAUUGCUUAUUUGAAAAAAGCUACCGCGUAAUGUCAGUAUUUGUGACAACACUAUAAUAGAUUAAAUUAUGAGUAAAACCACGU